AUGACAGGGAUUAGAUCCAUGCUGCUUUCUGUGAUUUAUGUUACCUGUGAAUCUUGGAGAGUGAUAACUGUUUAUGGCCUUGAGGCAUCUCAAAAAUGCAUCCCUCCUUCAGUGUGCACUGCAGUGGUGGAGCUGGUGGUGCCUGCUAUCUCCUCUGCUGGCCCCUUCUUCCUGGUGGCCUUUGAGCUUCCAGGGAGCUCAGAGUGCAUUGACAGCCAUCUGUCCUUACCUUAUGUGCAGAAAGAUCUAGGAGCAGCAUUUAACUUUCCAAGAUCUGAAUACAACCCCCAAGCAUUAGAUUGGAGCAUAGUUUGUUACUGGUGGGCACCUUGCACUGAAUUUUACGCAGGCAAAGUGUGUGUAGAAUGUUACCUACGUAUCAGCCUGCUUUGCUCUGGACUGGUAUUUUUCUCUGAAGCUGCACCACUGGUCUCCCAUGGCUCUGUUGAUUCCAAAUGCCCUCUUAUGGUGAAAGUGCUGGAUGCAGUCAGAGGAAGCCCUGCAUCUGAUGUAAAUGUUAAAGUUUUUAAACAGGCUGAAGAUGGAAGCUGGCAGGACUUUGCUGUUGGGAAAACCACAGAGUAUGGGGAGAUUCAUGAUCUCACGUCAGAAGAACAGUUUGUAGAGGGAAAGUACAUGGUGAAGUUUGAUACCAGCUCCUACUGGAAGGCGCUCGGGCUUUCUGCAUUCCACGAAUAUGCUGAUGUGGUGUUCACUGCUAACGACUCCGGUCACCGCCACUACACCAUCGCCGCUCUCCUCAGCCCUUUCUCCUACUCAACCACUGCUGUUGUCACUGCCCCCGAGGAAUAAACAUGUACUGUCUCUUCACACUUUCCUCCACUAGAACUAUCAUAGGCUUUUAGGAGGAAGGUUUUUCCUAUUGCUAAUGCAUAACUUUUUGCUACAUUAGUUGUUUUAUUUUCAUUUUGUGACCUGGCAAACCUCAGACAAGUCAAUAAAAUAUUACUUCUUUAAAACAA